UUUGAGAUGACAAAAAAGAGAGCUUGGAGCCAGAGCAGAGCUCCUGCAGCUCCACGAGUGUCAGCGACCAUAUAACGUAUGCGCCUUUAGCUUUUCGGAUAUGUUUUCCAAGUUCAAGGGCCUCUUCCAAGGCCCCCAGGUGCCAGCGGGGUCUGGGACCACCAAGGGGACCCCUGACCCGGCUCCGGCUCCGGCUCCAGCUCCUCCUCCGGCUCCAGCUCCAGCUCCAGCCAAGGAGGAGAAGCCAGACGAGGAGGAGAAGGAAGCCAAGAAAGAAGAAAAACCACAGGAAUCAACCCCAGCCCCUGCACCAGCUGAUGCUCCAGCUCCAGCCCCGGCCCCGGCUCCGGCCCCAGCUCCGGCCCCAGCUCCGGCUCCAGCUCCAGCCCCGGCCCCGGCUCCAGCCCCAGCCUCGGCCCCUACAACCACACCAGCUAACCCUGACCAGCCUGGGCCUGAGGGGGAGGAUGCGCCCCCUCCUCCGCCCCCACCCACAGUCAUCAACCCGUACUCCGACGAGCAGCUCAGGAGCAUCAUCCAACGAAUGAGAGAGAGGUUGGACAUCUACAAGGAGAAAGUGACUGAUCAGUACGCUUCAUCCCCCGAGAUAACUCCUCCAGUCACCCCAUUGCUAAAGAAUGAUGAGUACACCCAGGUCGUGGAGGAGAGAGCCAAACAAGCAGAGGAGGACAGGAUAAAGAAGGAGGAGGCUGACAAGAAAAAGAAAGAGGAAAUGGAUAAGAAAAAGAAGGAAAAUGAGCAGAAGAAGAAGGAGGAGGAGGAGAAAAAGAAAGAAGAGGAGAAGCAGGUGAAGUUGCCCCUGAAAGUGAGGCUCAUUGCAGCGUACUGGUCUUCAGUGGACUUCGUGCUGGCGCCGCUUGAAGACAUGAUGGACUCAGUACUGGGACACACCAUCGACCCCUUCGGCGACCGCCGCUACGUGGCAUGGCUGAGUGUGGUGACCGUGGCCAUCAACUACAACCUGUGGUUCAUCACGGCCCGACUGUGUUUCCCCUACCACAACGAGCACUCCAACCUGUACUGGUUCAUCAUGGACCUGGUGGCCGACCUCAUCUACGCCGCCGACGUCAUCCUGUUCCAGCCUCGCAAGCAGUUCGUCAAAGCGGGAGACAUCAUCAAAGAUCGUGUGAUCACAAAGAAGCACUACAGAGAUUCAGAGCGAUGUCUGGUUGAUGCGAUUUCUGUUUUCCCGAUAGAUUUAUUGUAUAUUCAGUUUGGAUUCAGCUCUAUUUUCAGAGCCAAUCGCAUACUAAAGAUGGACACGUUCUUCGAGUUCAGUGAUCGUCUGGAGAGCAUCAUGGCCAAGGCUUACAUCUGGAGAGUGAUUCGCACCAUCGGCUAUCUCCUCUUCAUGCUCCAUCUCAACGCCUGCGUGUACUACGUGGCGUCAGAUUAUCAGGGCAUCGGGAAAACCAAGUGGGUCUACUCCGGCCUAGGCAGCGCGUACCUGCGUUGCUACUACUAUGCUGUCCGCAGUCUGAUCAACAUCGGGGGCCUUAACGAACCCCACACCGUCUUUGAGAUUACCUUUCAGAUGACUAACUUUUUCACGGGCGUCUUUGUGUUCUCCAGCUUGAUUGGACAGAUGAGAGAUGUCAUAGGUGCAGCCACGACAGGACAGACGUACUUCCGAUCUUCCAUGGACAACACCGUAGCCUACAUGGUGGCCAACAACAUUCCUGUCCUGGUGCAGAACAGAAUCCGUACUUGGUACACGUACACCUGGGACGCUCAGGGCAUGCUGGAUGAGUCGGAGCUGCUGGAUAAGAUGCCUCUAGUGAUGAGAACCGCUAUCGCAGUGGAUAUCAAUCUGGCCACAUUUCAGAAGAUUGCACUGUUUCAGGGCUGCGACCAGCAGAUGUUGGUAGACAUGUUGCUGAGGCUCAAGUCCAUCAUCUACCUGCCGGGAGACUUCGUGGUGAAGAAAGGCGACAUCGGUAAGGAGAUGUACAUCAUCAAAGCUGGAGCGGUGCAGGUGGUGGGAGGACCUGAUAACAGCAUCGUGUUCGUCACGCUGAAGGCCGGCUGCGUGUUUGGAGAGAUCAGUCUGUUACAAUCUUCCAAAGAUGGCGGCAACAGGCGGACGGCUAAUGUCAAAGCCUACGGCUUCGCCAACCUCUUCGUCUUGGAGAAGAGGGACUUGUUUGACAUCCUGGUGCAUUACCCGGAGUCUCAGAAGGUCCUGGCCAGGAAGGGCAGGAGCCUCACGAAGGCCAAGGGCCCGGGGGCAGCUAAAGCAGAAGAGGAGAAGAAGAAGGGCCUGGCCCUGUUUGGACCGAAGCCCCCGACACCCAAACUGCUGCGAGCUUUCGGAGGAACCAAAAACUUUCUUGAGAAAAUGAGGGCUUCUGCUAAGGAGUGAGGCCCGUAGAGAUCUCGCUUUGAUCUUUAAUAACUCCUUUUUGGGAGUAAAAGUACAGUUUUUCCCAGUCUUUUAUUACUCUUUUGUACCAAGUAUCGUUUUCUAUUAUCAAGAUUAUAUUUAAGAUGAACACCUAUAUGUAUAGAAUGAAAUCUCGAAGGCCUGUACUACGCUACCAGAUUAAACCAGGCCUGUAAACUUGAGCAGAAGUUGGUAUGAUAACGUGGAUAUGACAGAUUAAACACAAAUCUGUGGGCUGACACAGGAGUCUGUGAACUGAGUCUCUCAAUCAAUUACCCUUUCCAGAGAUUGUGGCGGGAAAUUGAGCUUUGUAGCGGUGUGAUAGGAGUUUGCCUGACAAAUUCAUGUUUGCACAUUUGCAGAAAAGAAUUUGUAUUUGUAAAAGAAAAAAAAAACCAAAAACAUGGUAAUACAAAGACACUAAAAGAUUUGUUGUAAACAAAGAUACAAUGCAGAAAACUACGACGGAGUAUUAGGGCCAAACAAAAAAACAAAAAAAGGAAAUUACGAGAAUAAAGUCAUAAUGUAAUGAGAAUAAAGUCGUAAAA